AUGUUCUCUUCGCCGAAGGACACCUCGAUCUUCUUCCUUCCUUUCUUUGCGGUCGCGUACCUGCAUCCUGGGCACCGGCAGGACCAGAAUUGGACAUAUCGACAAGCUAUUACAAACCAUGUUCUUAAGGUCUCUCUGCGAGUAUUUUCAGCACUCCGAAUGAGACCAUCUCUCUCCCUAAGCCCGCAUAUCGAAGGUGAACGGUUUGUCCUAGUGGAGCCUGCACAGUCCAAUCUGUACACCGGCGUCGCAGUAAACGAAAAGAUCAAGCCAGAGACGAUAGGGGGUACGUGGUACCCAAGACGCUUCUCACAAGGCUGUACCAUCCCCAAAGAUGAACACGUCGUAUUGCAUUUUCAUGGUGGAUCGUACAUACUGGGCAACGGCCGAACAGCCUCUUGUGGCUUUUUGGCCAAGAACUUUCUGGCGUACACCCCAUCCGCCUAUGUAUUCUCUCUUCAAUAUCGAUUAGCUGGUGACCAGAAAGGUCGCUUUCCAGCCCAGCUUCAAGAUGUCAUUUCGGCUUACUCUUACUUGAUCCAUACCCUGCAUAUCCCUGCAUCGCGCAUUGUGCUUAGUGGCGACAGCUGUGGAGGGGACCUUGUGUUGGGACUAUUACGAUAUAUCGUGCAAUACAACUGUACGUCUCUUCUUCCAGCACCAAAGUGCGGCUGGGUCUUCUCACCCUGGUGCAAUGUUUUGGAUGCCAAUGACCCCAGCGCCUGGAUCAAGAGCGCAAACUACGAAACGGAGUGUAUUCCCGCAUCGUUCCCUGCCUGGGGUGCAAAAAACUUCCUGGGUGACUUGCAGGUAACUGAACCAGUCGAGGAAUACGUGGCUCCUAUACGACACCCGUUUCAUUUGCCUUCGCCUGUCCUGAUAAUCACUGGUGGCCGGGAGGUGCUAUGUCAGGAACAUCAAGAACUCGCAGAAGCUUUUAGAGCGAUUCCACAGAAUAAGUCUUCUGUUGCACUUUUUGUGGAGGAAAAUGUGCCUCAUGACGUGUUGAUGGUUGGCUGGCUCAUGGGAUUUCGGACAGAGGCGCGUCGGUGCUCAGAAAGAGCUGGGGAAUUUGUGAGAGGGCUACAGUCGGUGACAACGAAUGCCUAG